GCUCAGUCUACCCCUACUUUUUGUCAUCUCCACAAUGUCGUCUGCUGCUCUUGUCAAGGACAUCCCGAAGCUCGUCCGCGGUUUUGCGCUCUCUGCCAACCGCGCUGCCAGCGUCAACCAGGCUGCUUCCGGCUACUGGAACAAGUACAAGAACUCGGCUGCCCCGGUUCUCCACCUCUUCCUGAUCACUGGCCUCGGUGGCUACCUGCACCACCUUCCCCACCUCAGGCACGCCGCCCAGUCGGGACACCAUUAAAAGCAACCAACGCAACCACCGAGUUUGUGGGGGGGGCGGCUGAUGGGUCUCUGAUGCUUGCUCGUUUGUUUUUGGUGGAUCCUUGCUAGAUUCAUACAGUACAAAGUUUCACCUUUUGCC